AUGCAAAUGUCACUAAUUUGUCAGGUUGACUUGGUUAUUGUUCAGAAUGUGUUAUAUCAAUAGAUUGACCAUCUAAAGUGGUAUUACUUUCUUUUUUUGUCUAAGUCAUUUCAUUAUAUCGCACACGCUAAUUUAAUCUUCUAUUUUCUCUUUGAAUGAGAAUUAUGAUUGCGAUUACCAAUAAGACAAUUAUAAUAAAAACUCCAAUAAAGACAUAAAUAGCAGAGGAUUUAGUAUGAUGAGUUGUUUAUCUUGUAGUAUUUGUUGA